CUAAUAUCUAACGUAGAAGACUAUACUCAACCUAGCUUCUUCAUUUUCUUAAGUGAUGGAGCAACAAAAAACCUCCAUUGUAGACAAAUGGAAAAUCUUUUCCCUUGGAACCUUACUUGGGUUCCUCGUCUUCGUCAUCUAUCUCGACAAAGUACAUCAAGAUAUAAGUUUGUUAGCAGCUAAAAAUGUUAUGUUAGAUUUGAUUCCUUUUAAAUUAUCAAAUCCAUCAUUUGAAUCCUCGAAUAAGGAUAGAAAGAAGUGUAACAUGUAUGACGGGAGAUGGGUUUAUAGGCCGGAGGAAAGGCCUAGCUACGAUUCAUUCAAGUGUCCAUUCGUGGAGGAGAAGAUGAGCUGCCAAGAAAAUGGGAGGCCAGAGUCUGAGUAUGAGAAGUGGAGAUGGGAAGCUCGGGAUUGUGAUAUACCGGUGUUUAAUGGAACAGACAUGUUAGAAAGGCUGAGGAACAAGAGGAUGAUCCUUGCCGGAGAUUCGCUAAACCGAAACAUGUGGGAGUCUCUUGCUUGCCUUCUCUUCACCUCAAUUCCUUCAAGUGCAGUGGACGUCAAUGAAAUUAAAGGAUAUCAGAAACUAUGGAAAGCCAAGGAAUAUAACUUCACCCUAGAAUUUUAUUGGUGUCCAUUUCUCAUUGAAAUUAAUAAUAACCAUGAAAGUGGUAAAAAGGUUCUUGUGCUUGAUAAGCUUACGACCGACGCCGGGAAAUGGAGAGGGGCAGAUAUUAUGGUAUUCAACUCUGGUCACUGGUGGGAUUUGAAGGGGACAAGAAGAGCAUGGGAGUUGUUCGAAUUCGAGGGUAAAGUAUCACAAGAUAUGCCUAUAGAAAUAGCGUACGAACGUGGCUUAAAAACAUGGGCAACAUGGAUAGAAAAAAACGUGGACCCAAGUAAAACAAAAGUGGUUUUCAGGAGCAAUUCGCCAUGGCACCAAUAUGAUCAAUGGUGCUACAAUAAAACCCAACCUUUGGUGGUGGAUUCCUAUAAACCUCUUUUCCCACAGUCUAUGGUCGACGUCGUCGAGGGAGUGAUAAAAGGAAUGAGCAAAUCACAAGUGAAGUACUUGAACGUUACAAAACUUUCAGAGUCCAGAAUUGAUGCACAUCCUUCUAUGUAUAGGUACAAGGACUGGAAUACACUUGCCGAAAAAUACGGAAAUAAACUUAAUAAUUAUGUUGAUUGUAGCCAUUGGUGCCUUCCUGGAGUUCCAGAUACAUGGAAUAGGUUGUUGUAUGCUUCCCUUUUCUUUGAAAUUUUCGAAGAUUUGCCUUCUUCUUAAUGAGUUACGUGUAUUUCUUUAUUGUUAUAAUCUAUUUAGUCUUGUAGUUAUCAUAGGUUUAUCUUACUUUUUUGUCUUUUAAUAGAUGUACCAUUUCAAAAAAAAAAAGUGUGAGAGGAGUAAGACGUGAAAGAAUGACUAACAAAUAUGUUGCCAAUUGAUUUACAAAGUGCUGCUUGUUAUGAAAUAUUAUGUGGAUGCUUAUUAUAUCCAUAUUAUCUUUUCGGAACAUUUUAGAUCUU